GCUGUCAGUGGUACCAACAAUGCUGACACCCUCUGCGCUGACUGGGUUCCUCCCAACCCCAUCCCAGCGAUUGUCUGCAUCGCUCCACCGGGCGUCGGUUCCUUCCAAGACCUGACGGUCUACUGGCACGGAGUCGCGACUGUACAAAGUCACUCGUAUGGAUACAAUGCCCCUGCCAUCUUGUCAGUCUCGCCAAACAGCGUCGACUAUCACGGCAUGACCACCGUCACCAUCCUGGGGAGGAACUUCGGACCUCAACAGCAGUACCAGAAGGUGUUGGCGAGUCGAUACAAGUUCACUUGGCAAGCUCCCAGUCAGGUUCUCGUCUCCACACGCAAGCAGCUGCCCUGCCAGUCUGUCACGUGGGUAUCGGACAGCAAACUCCUCUGCCAAGUGCCUCCCAUGCCCCUUGUGAGGCAGAAUGUCAACACGCAGGAGCGAAGCGUGAAGGCGACCCUGACAGUACAAGUGUCGAACCAGCGGAACCGAAUCUCGCUGUCUGCUUCCUUGCUGUACACCAACGUGCCGUCGUUUUACAGCUGCAACAAUGAGAGGGCGACAGGAGCUAGCUCCGAUUGCUUCAAGUGCUGCAGGAACUUUUGCAUAUCAGACGCGCUGUCAACGGGGGCACCGCAACAGGGAUACAUCUACUCCUCUUGCGACAAGACCUGCUACAGCUACUGCAGUCAAAGCAGUCCAGCAAGACCGAUACUACGACGACUGCUACAAGUCUAUUCCAAGUUACGUGAGUUGCAGAAAAGACUUUGAGAAUCGACAACAUGAACGUUUACAGUACAAGAAUUUUGUGAAAAAUUCUGAUGAAAUGGAAUGCCUGAGAAGAUUAACUUUUUGUGAACCCUAACAUUGUACGCCUAUCGCCACUGAUCGGUUAUCAGCCGUUGCAAUCUUGCUCCAUUGAUUCGCAACCUGAUCCAUUUCAUCUUGUGCUUUGUUUUGUAUUUCAUCUACGCCUUGAUUUCUUGAGGGGACAACUGAAUUGAAGAAAGCGCUUGUGUUUACAUGUUUGCUUUCAUGCUCUAUGCCUUCACUUGUUAGAUCUUCAACCUUGGCUUCUAGACGAGGCGGGCUCUUGGCUUGAUACAUCAACAUCGCUUGAGAAUUGAUCUGCUGGUACGGGCUGGAGAUCGACGAGUCAAGAAGGUGGCGGUAUGAGUUCCCGUCGAAUCCUGGUGAGAUGUUCAAGUCUGCUGCAGCGUUUGACAUCUCUCGCUCAGGUGUCUUGGCUUCAUGCUGCUGCUGCUUGUUUUCCCCUGCUCUUCCAGGUUGCUUCCGCAUUUUUGCAACAGUAUGGCCUUGCCGAUCGCAACGUCACCUGAAAUCAAAGAAAGCGAAUAGUUUGACUUACCAGGAUUCAAAAUAUCAUCAUCUAACAUCUGGGAAUGCGGUCCAAAACAUCUGAGAGACAAUCAAUGAAGCAAGAUUCAACGAGUUUGCCUUCACGGGAAGCAGG